AUGGCGAGUUGCCUACUUAGUAACUCCCUGCAGGCAGGUGAGCUAGUGGAAGAUCUAAAGAAAGGACUCACAUCUGCUUCAUCUGAUCAUGCCUAUGCUGGACCUGGAGAUGUGGCCUGUGAUUUCUGUUCUGGGAGGAAGCGGAAAGCCUCCAAGUCCUGCCUGGUGUGUAUGGCCUCUUAUUGUGAGCAUCACCUUCAGCCUCACUACAACGUAGCUCCAUUUAAGAAACACAAGUUGGUCAAUGACGCUUCAAAGCUUCAGGAGAACAUCUGCCCUCACCAUGAUGAGGUGAUGAAGCUCUUCUGCCGCACUGAUCAACAGUGUGUCUGUUAUCUCUGCUUAAUGGAUGAACACAAAGACCAUGUCACAGUGUCAGCUGCAGUAGAAAGAGCUGAGAAACAGAAAGAGCUUGAAUCGAAUCGACAAAAUGUCCAACAGAGAAUCCAGAACAGAGAGAAAGAUGUGAAGGUGCUUCAAGAGGAAGUUGAGGCUAUCAGUCUUUCUUCCGAUAAAGCUUUGAGGCAAAGUGUGAAGAUGUUCAAAGACUUGAUCAGUCUUAUUGAGGGAAAAAAAGCUCUGAGCUGAAGCAGAAGAUCAGAUCCAAACAAAAAGCUGAACAGAACAGAG